GCGUGUGUUUUAGGUGGGGGUGUGUAUCACGAUUUCUGUGUCUCUCCACGCCCCCAUCUUUCAACCCAGUGCUCCCAUAGGUUAUAUGCAAAGGUAACAGAUAGACGGGGGCUCUAUAAAGACCCGCUUUGUUCCUUGGAUCUCUCUGCUCCUUUUUUUAUUUCUCCGGUCUUUCUUGUUUCCAUCACCACACAUUACCAAAAUGCCCAGCAAGAGGAAGAAGAACAAGCGUCGCAUGAGGAGGACGCAAGCCCUGAGGAGAGUCCUUGAAGAGCAGCAUGCGGCCAACCCACCAGCCAAAGCGAGUCCUGGGAUUGCAGUUGGUGCGCCCCCUACAUCAGUCCCAAAGAAAGCGGCUAAAGCUCCAGCACUGGCUAGAGCUCCAGAGGUUGUUCCAAUUGCAGUCCCUAUUGUUGAGGCCCCCAAAAUAGAACCAGUUGUGAAAGAGCCUGUUGCAGAGCCUGUUGCAGAGCCUGUUGCAGAGCCCGAGCCCGUUGCAGUAGCGGAGCCCGAGCCCGUUGCAGUAGCGGAGCCCGAGCCCGUUGCAGUAGCGGAGCCCGAGCCCGUUGCAGUAGCGGAGCCCGUUGCAGUAGCGGAGCCCGAGCCCGCUGCAGUAGCAGAGCCCGCUGUAGUAGCGGAGCCUGAGGCCGAGCCCGAGUCGGAGCCUGAAGUGGUGGAAAAAGCUCCUGCAGAAGUUGAGUUUGAAGUCCCAGCCCCGAUCAUUGAAGAAGCACCAGUUGUUGACACUCCAGCAGAGGAGCCUGUUGAAGUUGAGGCUUCAAUAGAACAAGAGGCUGAACCUAUCAUUCCUGAAACAGAACCAAUAACAGAGGUUGUACCCCCAGCUGAGGCUCCAGUUGCAGCCCCUGUUGAGACAGAGAAUCUGACAGAGGAGACUACAACUGUAACCACAGCAACGGAACUGACACUUGAUGUCUGCGAGACAGUGACUGAAGUGAAGGCAGAGGAAGAAGUGGUCAUUGUACCUGAGGUGGCUGUUGCCGAAGAUGUCGGCAUUAUUGAGGCUGUUGAAGAACCAGUGGUAGAAGCACUUGCAAGUGAGCCAGUUGCUGCUGAACCAGCUGCAGAGGAGGCCGCUGCAGAAACUGUGGUGGAAGAGGCACUUACAGAAGCAGUGGUUGAGGAGGUUGCCGCAGAGGUACCUGAGCCAGAACAGGAGACUGAAGCUGUUGUCAGUCCUGCAACCACAGCUGAGGAGGAUGAAGCUGAAAUUGAAGUGUUGGCUGAAGAAGAAUCACCUGAAGUCCCUGCUGAGGCUGUUGCUAUCACAGAGCAUGUUCCUGCCCCAUCUGAGGAAAUCCCAGUGGAGCCAGAAACCGUCCCUGAGGCUCCAGUAGAAGAGGCUGAAGGCCCUGUAACUGAAGUCAAGGAGGACAUUGCCGAGUGCCUGGUCGAUGACUUUGUUGUCACAGAAUCUGUCUCUGCCGUGGAGGUCGCCAUCGCCGAGUCUACUGCUGUCCAGCCGGAAAUUGUGGCAAUAGUCGACACCCCUUCACAACUGGAGGUAACACUUGCUGAGCCCGCAUCAGCCCCCACAGAGGAAAUGGUAAUUGAAGCCGUUGCUGAACAGACAUGUGUGGAUGUGAUGUCAGAAGAGCCCAAUAUGUGUGAAAUGCCAUGUCAGAUGCAACUCGCUGUGGAAUCUGUGCAGCUCAGCUCAAUGGAGAUGUCAGUGGAGGCAUCGCUGAACGGACACAUUGUUCCAGAGCUCUCCAUCGAGGGCUAGAUCCACAUUAAACAGCUUGGAAGACCUUUUCUGUCUUUAUUCCCCUUUGGCCAUUCGGAGUACUCAAAGCUUUACAGCUGACUGUGUUAAUUUUUCUUUUAGGGUUUACUCCACGCAUUUGAAGGGACAUCAACACUUUGAAGUGCCUUUCCGACCCUGGUAUCUAUCAAAACACCAAACCAGAUGUCAUUGAGCCAAAACCUGCUGCGUUCAAGGCAGCAGAACAGACUUGUCAUAAGUGUGCAGAAAUGGAAACAAACUUAUUGUGGGUCCUUAUCUGUAGUCUUCCCAUAAAACCCUGAAUUUUGCAUUAGCAGUGGAAGCAGGAGUGCUUGAGAGAUGAAGAUACCUCAACGAUGACUGGCAGUGCCUGAUAUCUUUGCAUGUUCCUCUCUCCAGCACGUCUGCUUCCAUGCAGCAUAACCAAUGCAUGUGAAACCUGUAACGAUGAUGAAUGUGGCUAUAGUUGUACUUGGGCCCGUUCAUGUGGAAUGGAAAACUUCACAUUUUCUAGAGGUCUUUUUUUUUACCAUCAAACUUUCCCCAGCCUCCAUUUCUGUCCUCCAGUUCUACCUACUGCCAACCAGUGCCGACGCUGAGGUUAGCGUGACACUAUCCUAGAGCUGGAGUUUUUUGUUUCAUGGCCACUGGAAAAAGACAGUUUGGGGGGCAGGGGCGAGUUGAGAGGCCCUGCCCUUUCCCCUUCCCUUCACUUUUUUAAUCCAUUUUGUAUAGACCCUAUGAUGUGCUACAGAUUUGUUCAAAGUAUGUGCUCAAGAAGGGAAACGUAUGUAAUCUGGUUAUUUGACUGAUGAGAUGAUGUUGGUCCACUUUGAAAUAAAGCUGUAACUCAUUGUAAA